GUUUCGCAGCGGCGGGGCCGUUGGCUCCGCGGAGGGGUUGGUGAUGUUCAGGGAUGUGGCUGUAGACUUCUCUCAGGAGGAGUGGGAAUGCCUGGACUCUACUCAGAGGGAUUUAUAUAGAGAUGUAAUGAUGGAGAAUUACAGCAACCUGGUCUUACUAGGACUCUCUAUUCCUAAGCCUGAUGUGAUUUUCUUAUUAGAGCAAGGGAAAGAGCCCUGGAUGGUUUCAAGGAACAUGGUGGGAGGAUGGUGCCCAGGAUCCCAUCCAGGAUACCACAUACAUCUAGUUGUCAUGUCUCCUUAGGCUCCUCUUGGCUGCGACAGUUUCUCAGACUUUCCUUGUUUGUGAUGACCUUGACAGUUCUGAGCAGUAUUGGUCAGGUAUUUUGUAGACUGUCUCUCAUUGAGACUUGUCUGGUACCUUUUGCAUGAUUAGACUGGGGUUAUGGGUUUUUGGAAGGAAGACCACAGAGGUAAAGUGCCAUUCUCAUCACAUGAUAUCACAGGUACAUACUGUCAACAUGACUUACCACUGAUGAUGUUAACCUUGCUUACCUGGCUGAGGUAGUGUUUGUCAGGUUUCUCCACUGUAAAGUUAUUCUUUUAUUUCCCCCUUUCCAUACUAUAUUUUUUGGAAGGAAGACACUAUGCACAAUCCACACUUAAGGAAUAGGAAUUAUGUUCUACCUCCUUGGGACAGAGUAUCUACAUAAGUUAUUUAAAAUUCUUCUGCUUAGAAGAUUUGUCUUUUCUCCUCCACUUAUUUACUUAUUCAAUAACUUAUUUAUAUCAGUAUGGAAUCAUGAAUAUUUGUUUCAUAUUAUGAGUUAUAAAUUUAAUACUACUUUAUUUACUUUGUUGCUUUGGCCAUGGGGAGCUCUUUCAAGUGGCUUCUGUGUCUCUUUGAACACCAUCACUCUCGGUUUUUGGAAACAUUUCUUUACUUCUGGUAUACGAGAUGCUCCAAGCUCCUCAUGUAUAUUUCCUGUCCCAGGCCUAGAAUCAGCAACUUCUUGAAGGAGCUCUGGUUUUAUUUAUUGGAGAAUAUUAUUAGAAAUCAAGAUCUGGGUACUUGGUGUACUUGUUGAUACUUGGGUACUUCUCACUUUUUGACUCCAUCUUUUAAAAAAAAUAUAUAGUGAAUUUUUAUAUAUUUUCUCUCCUAGUAUCUGAAGU